AAAAAAAAAAAAAACAUACACAAUGGGCGACAAAAAGCGCAAGCUCCCCCAAGAUCCUCCAGAGGAUGGAGUCAUUGAGACAGAACCAAAGGGAAAGAAGACGAAGCGAGAGAAGUCGAAUACUGAGAGGAAGGACAAGCGUGAUAAGAUUGAAACAACGGUGACAAACGAGGAUGCUGCCACGCAGGUUCAGAGCAAGGGUGAGCUGAAUAAGGAAACUAAAGAGCGAAAAAAUAAAGAUGGGAAGGAGAAAGGGAAGAAGGAGAAGAAGGAGAAGAAGGAGAAGAAGGAGAAGAAGGAGAAGAAGGAGAAGAAGGAGAAGAAGGAGAAGAAGGAGAAGAAGGAGAAGAAGGAGAAGAAGGAGAAGAAGGAGAAGAAGGAGAAGCUUGAGACUGAAGAGCAAAAGGAGGUGAAACUCGGUGACGAGGAGGGACAUGCUGGCAAGGAGUUGCAGGACACCUCCAACGCAAUGGAUAUAGAUAUACAGACGACAAACGAGACAGUGGAGUCCUCCAAGCCAUCAGAGAAGAAGGACAAGAAAGAGAAGAAGAAAUCAAAAAAGGACAAGAAGGUCAAGGAAGAGAAGACGAUAGAAAAGGAUAAUGAGGGAGAAACGAACACCUACCCGGAGCCCGAGACAAACGGAUCAACGAUUGAUGAAGCUGCAUCAUAUUCGCAGCAACAGCAACCGUGGCCACAAGGGAAACAAGCCAGAUUCAUUGUAUUUGUCGGAAACCUCCCCUACACUGCAACCGUCGAAGAUAUGAAAAACCACUUCGCCAAGAACCCACCUGCAUCAGUCCGACUAGCUACUGAGAAAGCUAACCCGAAGAAAUGUCGCGGGUUUGGAUUCAUCGAAUUCGACCACUACGACCGCAUGAAGACGUGCUUGAAGCUAUAUCACCAUUCGUCAUUCGACGAUGGCAAGUCACCCGCGAGGAGGAUUAAUGUUGAAUUAACUGCCGGGGGAGGUGGAAAAUCGGAGAACCGCAAAGCGAAGAUAUACACGAAGAACAAGAAGCUCGACGAGGAGCGUAAACGCGCCUUGAAGCAGCAACAAAAGGAGAAGAAGCAAAAUAAAACAAGUAGCAAUGGUGGUAAUAGCUACGGAGAAGAGGCGCAACAACAACAACAACAACAAGACUUGUCCAAUGACGAUUUUGCUGGUAUCCAUCCUAGUCGAAGGCAAAGGAUGCGUUAA